CUCAAAAUGAGUCAAUUUCUCAGUAACGUUGAGCCAAACAUUAUUGAUGAUGAAAUGCUUCAGAAAGCCAUUGAAGAGAAGUGUCCAGAGGACAUGGAACAUCUUAUGAAAUGGGAAAAUAUUGAUUUUAAGGCUGUGAAGGAGCUACAGCUUGGUUUUAAAACUAUCCUGCAGAUUGAUAAUCUGUGGCCAUUUGAGCAUCUGACUAAACUUCAGCUGGAUAACAAUGUCAUUGAGAAGAUAGAAGGCUUGGAGAGUCUGGUUCACCUUGUAUGGCUUGACCUGUCCUUCAACAAUAUUGAAGUAAUUGAGGGCCUGGAUACCCUUGUCAAACUGCAGGACCUCAGUCUCUACAGUAACAGAGUGUCUAAAAUUGAGAACAUGGAUACAUUGCAAGAGCUGCAGAUUUUCUCCAUAGGGAAGAAUAAYCUGACCAUUCUGGAAGAUGUUAUCUAUUUAAGGAAACUCAAAAACCUACGGACACUGAACCUCAGCGGGAAUCCUUUCUGCAACCACGAGGACUACACACUGUUUGUUGUUGCUCAUCUUCCAAGCCUCGUGUACUUGGACUUCAAACUCGUGAGAGAGUCCACGAGAGAAGCUGCAGCUUUCAAGUAUCAAGAUCUUACUAAGCCAUUGGAAGAAGAGGAGGGUCAGGUCUUUGCUCUGCAGGAGAUAGAAGAAGCAAAGCAGAAAGAGCUGGAGUACCACCAGACAGCCUUUGUUGAGUACCUGAAUGGAUCAUUCCURUUUGACAGUCUGUAUGAGGAGGAUACAGAAAUUGCCAAACUGGCUCCCCUCCCUGGAGUGGAAGAGCUGCUGGAGUCAUACAAGGAGGAGUUUGUCUCAGUUUGUCGGAACCUAUAUAACUACGGACUGGAACAGCUUGAAAAACGAGAAGCUGAAGUCUCUAAUUUCUACAAAAGAUUCCAUGAAAUUCUGACAGUCAACCAGCAGGAAAGCAGGAGAAUAAUCUCAGACUUUGAGACUCGGAACCAAAGGAGGCUGGAUGAGAUUCAUCACGCCAGGAGUCGUGAUAUCGCUGCGUCUAAACGAGCCCAGGGCAAGGAGGACAUCCUUCAGCUGUGGGAUGCACUCAUGACCUUGGAAGUGCUGAUAUCCAACGACCUGGAGGACCUACUACAGAAUUUCAAAAGAAGCAUUGAUGUCAUGGCAUCAACAUUCAUGGAAAACAUUAAAGGGAUGAUGAACCARUGCCGGGACCUGGAAAACCAACACCAUGAAAAGCUGAUGGAGAUCACCAUCACCACCCUGGAGAAAGCAGACAAGGCUAGGCUCAUAGAGGAUUUGCCAGAUGAUAUGAUAAAGCUCCUCGAUGAGAAAGACACCCUUGUCAACGGCAUGAACAUGUCCCACGAUGUCCGCCUGCGGAAGAUUGGUAAGCGAGAGUGUGACAUGCUCUGCAACACCUACCAGUGGCAGAUAUCAGUGACAGAGAAGGCUUUCCAAACCGAGAGCGACAGAAACCGCGCCUGUAUUGGAAAGGUGAUUUGCUUCAUCGAUGCUCUCCAGAAGGAGCUGGAUAACACAGGGMUCCGGGAGCCUAAAGAAUAGGGCUGGGCAGCUGCCUCAGCUGGGGCACACAGGACAGCCCCCAGCAGCCUCUCURUGCCCAGGCUGCCUGGGACAUUUCAGACCAAAUGCACAUUUCUUCCAUCCUACCAYAAACUGCAAAUAAA